GCUAGACUGUAAAAUGCAGCUAGCGGUGACUUCACUUCUUCGUGGUUCUCCCACGGAGCCCACGGCAAUGUGACACAGUAAGCCACUGACAGUGCCACCGCUGAGAGAUAGUCGCGAUGGACUAAUAAUUACGUCACCCACAGACUUGUCUUGGAGCGGUGUGUCCGUUUUUAAAGCAGCAAUGCUACGUGUGAGGAGUGGGGCUCUGUAAAAGAAAGAGGACUGAAAUCAGGAGUCAUGAUUCCACGCAGGACAGCAGUGAUGUGUCCUCGGCUGUUCUCGUGGCUGCUACUGCUGCUCCCCUGGGCUCAUGCUCAGGCUCAGACGAGCUCCGGGAUCAGUGCUGCUAAAAGUUUAGUGUGGGGACCUGGACUGGAGGCUAACGUCGUGCUCCCUGCUCGGUUUUUCUUCAUACAGGCGGUGGACAGCUCGGGGGAAAAUUUAACAGCAUCACCUGGUGAGAAUACCUUUCAAGUGAAAAUAGUCUCUCCGGUGGAAGAGUUCACCAGGACAUGGAUCCAGAUCCUGGAUCGUCACGACGGCUCAUUCCUGGUGCGUUACAGAAUGUACGCCACCUACACGGACCUUCACAUCCACGUUCUGCUCAAGAGCAAGCACGUUGCCAAGUCGCCGUUCAUCCUCAAAGGCCCAGUUUACCACGAAGGCUGUAACUGUCCUCAGCCGAGUGGUUCCGCGUGGGAGGCCCACAUGCACUGUCCUCAGUCCUUCCCCCAGAUAGACAGAGAUCUGUCCCUUUUCACUGGCGUCGACCCUGAUCGUAACGCUCAGGAGAUCCCACAGCGAUUUGGACAGCGACAGAGUCUCUGCCAUUAUACCGUCAAGGACAACAAGGUCUAUGUUAAAACGUUUGGAGAACAUGUGGGUUUUAGAAUCUUCAUGGAUGCCAUUCUCUUGUCACUCAGCAGGAAGGUGCAGCUUCCUGACAUUGAGUUUUUUGUUAAUCUGGGCGACUGGCCUUUGGAGAAGAGGAAACCCACUGACAAGAUCCAUCCCAUCUUUUCUUGGUGUGGAUCUAACAAUACCAUGGAUAUUGUCAUGCCCACGUAUGACCUGACUGAGUCUGUCCUGGAAACCAUGGGCAGAGUAAGUCUGGACAUGAUGUCUGUUCAGGCCAACUCGGGACCAUCGUGGCCAGAGAAGAAUGCCACGGCCUUCUGGAGAGGAAGAGACAGUCGUCAGGAGCGACUGGAGCUGGUCAAGCUCUCCAGGGCUAAUCCUGACAUGAUUGAUGCAGCUUUCACCAACUUCUUUUUCUUCAAACACGAUGAGAGUCUCUAUGGGCCGCUGGUCAAACACGUCUCUUUCUUUGACUUUUUUAAGUACAAGUACCAAAUAAACAUUGACGGCACUGUGGCCGCGUACCGGCUGCCUUACCUGUUGGCGGGAGACAGCGUGGUGUUAAAGCAGGAUUCUGGCUACUACGAGCACUUCUACAACGAGCUCCGACCGUGGGAGCACUACAUCCCCAUAAGAGCAGACCUGGAGGACCUGCUGGAAAAGAUCCAGUGGGCCCGUGACCACGAUGAAGAGGCCAGGACAAUUGCAUUGGCUGGGCAACAGUUUGCACGCAAUCAUCUUAUGGGAGACAGCAUAUUUUGUUACUACUUCAAACUUUUCCAGGAGUAUGCCAAACUCCAGAUCACAGAGCCAAAGGUUCGUGAGGGCAUGGAGCUUGUAGAACAGCCCACUGACGACCUGUUUCCAUGUUCUUGUCACAGGACGAUGGUAAAAGAUGAACUCUGAUUGACCUACAAACUUGCAGAGCAGUCCUUUCUAUCGUGUAUGUUGCCAAAUAAUGUGUCCACAUGUGGAUUUAUUGUAUGACUGUGUGAGUGAUAUGAAUAUUGCCUCAUCUCAGUUUUUUAAAUAAAUGUAUUUCUUUCUAUAUGUUUAACAAGA